CCGGCUGCGAGCUCGGGCUGGAACUAUGAACAUGAGACACACUGGGGUUUUAUUAUGGAUUUAUAUCGGUCUUUCAUUGUUAGAUUCGUUGGUUAUCUGCAGUCCAGCGUUGCCACAUGUUACGCACUAUGAUGUGGUUCGACUUCAGAAACAAAACGUUAACGGACGCACGAGAAGGAGUGCCUCUUCCCAACAGCCGUUUCCAGAUGAAAUGCACUUUGGACUCACAGUGGACGGGAAGAACUACACUCUCCAUUUGGAAAAGAACAAAGGUUUAAUCGGGGAGGACUACACCCUGACUCACUAUGAGGAGGACGGCGCGGUGACAACCACAGGCCCAGAGGCAGCAAACCACUGCUAUUACCAUGGUUACAUCCCUGGGCUCAAGGACUCGUCCGUCAGUGUCGGUGUGUGCUCUGGAAUGCAUGGAGUGGUGUCGGCAGAUCAGCAGGUGUACCUCAUUGAGCCUCUGGAAGGUUCCGUGGAGGGCAAUCACGCGGUGUACCGCCCUGAGCACCUGAGGAGGCGGAGCCGAGAGAAGCGCAGCAGCGGCGGCGGUAACCAGGAUGUGGACGUGCUCUACGACAACACACCGCGCCCCGUCGGCAUGCGCAGCCGCAUGUCGCUCAAGGCCCAGCGCUUCGUCGAGCUGGUGGUGGUCGUGGACAGCAGCGAGUACAAGCAUUACAAAACCAAGAAGCAGGUGGAGGAGUUUAUCCUGGGAGUGACCAAUCAUGUUGAUAAGCUGUACCAGCCGUUGAACCUACGCGUGAUCCUCGUGGGACUAGAGAUCUGGUCCAGGGAUCAGAUUGUGGUGACCUCAACACCCAGUGACCUGCUCAACCGAUUCGUUGAGUGGCAGAGGGACGAUCUGAAGAAGCGGAAGAAACACGACAACGCCCAGUUUGUCACUGCAGUGGAUUUUGAAGGCAGCACUGUUGGACUGGCAUUUUUGUCAGUCAUGUGUUUCGACAAAUCAGGUGGCGUGAACCAGGAUCGGCAUGAUGGUAUCCACAGCCUGGCAUCCACCAUGGCCCACGAGAUGGGACACAACCUGGGCAUGAGCCACGACAAGGAAGACUGCAACUGCGGCAGAAACGCCAAGAGCUGCGUAAUGGCAGACACGAUCGGCUUUGACUAUCCGGAGCGCUUCAGCAGCUGCAGCCAACUGGCCUACAGGACGUUCCUGGAGGACUACAAUCCCAGCUGCCUGCUCAACAAGCCCCGCCCAGACCAGGUGUUCGGCGCCCCCGUGUGUGGCAACGCCUUCCUGGAGAAGGGGGAGGAGUGUGACUGCGGGAGCCCAGAGGAGUGCACUAACCGCUGCUGUAACGCCACUACCUGCCGACUGACGGAGGGCUCCCAGUGUGCAGAAGGAGAGUGUUGCCAGGACUGUAAGUUUAAGGCAGCAGGGGUGAUGUGCAGACCGAGUGUCCAUGACUGUGACCUGGCGGAACACUGUCACGGCAGCUCAGCUGACUGCCCUCGGGACGUCUACCGUAUGAACGGAAGCCCCUGCGACCGUAACCGUGGCUACUGCUACAACGGACAGUGUCCCUCCCACCAGCAGCAGUGCCACCUACUCUGGGGUGAAGCUGCAGACACCUGUUCCACGAUUGGCUGUACUAGCCGCCGAAACUGUGAUGUGAGGCAGGAGAGAUGUGGGAAUGUGCUGUGUAGAGGUGGAAAGUUCAGGCACAUGGCAGAAUACGCAAUGUUGACGCGGGCCGGGCAGUGCAUUGAGCUGACCAGCAUCUCCAACGGCCUGGACGAGCUGAGGAGGGCUGCCACGGGAACCAAAUGCCAUGACAACAUGGUGUGUGUGGAGGGGCGGUGCCAGGACCUGGCUGUGUACGGAACCAAAGACUGUGCAGACAAAUGCAACAGCCGCGUAAGAGCCUCAUUGCCAGUGGCAGGAGCUUCUGUGUGUGUGACGAUAGCCGUGCUGCUGUUGCUCACUCUGGUCAUCGCUGGCCUUUCCUGCUGCAGAAGCUCCCUCUCCAAACCCAGGCCUGCCAUCAAGGGACGGAGGGAGGUACGCACCUCAUCUGGCCAGGCCAACCCAGUGUUCCAGGCGGGCAGCGCUAAGAACAGUCCGCGCUCUGGACCGCCACGCAUCAGCUCUGGACCGCCACGCAUCAGCUCUGGACCGCCACGCAUCAGCUCUGGACCGCCACGCAUCAGCUCGCCCACCUUCCUGGAGUCCACCGCCACACAGAGCUGCAGGCCACUCGCUGGGACAGCGCUACCGAGCCGCACCGCACCACAGCCGCCUCAGAAGCCUUCAGUCCAGCCCACGGUCCCUCAGCCCCCUCGGCCACAGGUCAAGCCUGCACCACCGGCCAACAAGCCACUUCCUGUGGCCAGCCCACAGCUUCCUGUGCUGAGCAAGCCACAAGCACCGUCCAGGCCACUGCCACUCACUGACUUUAAAACUACAACUUAUUCAAGUUGA